UCUACCCCAAUUUCACCAGAAUCCGAGGACAAGAUUCGCCUGCAGAUUGAACUGGAGUUUGUGCAGUGCCUCGCCAAUCCCAACUACCUCAACUACCUCGCCCAGCGAGGCUACUUCAAGGACAAGGCGUUCAUCAACUACCUCGACUACCUGCAGUACUGGAAGCGGCCGGAAUACGCCAAGUUCAUCAAGUACCCGAUGUGUCUGCACUUUCUCGACCUGCUGCAGGCGGAGCACUUUCGCCGGGAGCUGACCUCGACGCAGUGCAGCAAGUUCAUCGACGACCAGAUCAUCCUCCACUGGCACCACUACGCCCGCAAGCGCACCCGCCUCUUCUCCAGCAUUGCCUCCUCGCAGGGCCAGCAGGGUCAGCAGAAGCCGAACACCUCGGGUCAGCAAACGGAGAGCUCCAAUUCGACAACAGCUUCAUCAGCAGCAGGAGCAGCAGCAGCAUUACCACCACCACCACCGAAUCAUCAGCAGCAGAAUAAUCAUCACCAGCAAAACAAUAACAGUGGCGGCAGCGGUAGUGGACCAUCGACGGCUCUGCUCAACGGCCAUGCCAAGAUCUAG